AAAAUCUUCAAAAUAAUGUAUAAACUCGAAACGGACGGUGUCGCUACUCGCUCCAUAGUUGUCACAACGGCUCUUGAUUGAGUCGUUGUUGCGUCAGGGUCCAAAUUUAUGCAAGCGAACACAUCAGGGAGUGACAUUUGCGGUGGGCACAAUUACACGUUGAAACGUUAGCCGCGGAGUUCGCUGACCGGCUACUACGUUGGGAGUGUCUUAUUUCAGAGGACAUGGAGAAGGAGAAAGAGGAUGCAUUCGAUCACGCCAGGCUUGAGGUGAUCAAAGAUGGCUACAACAGAGCCUUCGAGUGUAUCAGCAAAGCGCUGACGGCCGACGAAGCCGGAAACAACCAUCAGGCCCUGGAGCUUUACAGAAAGGGGCGCAAGCAUCUCCUUAGGGGCAUCAGCGUGCCUUCGCAGGGGGGUGAGUGCGUGGGCAACUCCUGGGACUCGGCCCGGGAGAUGCAGCGGAAGAUGCAGGAGACCCUGGACAACAUCACCACGCGCCUCGCCGCGCUGGAGACCGCCGCCGGCGCUGAACGAGCCGUCUACCCGCAACUUCCUGCCGAAGAUGAGCAAGUCAAAAGCCUGCCCGGCGGUGCGCCCGCAUGCAGCGCCGUGGCUCUUGGGGACCAGCCGCCGGCGUACUCCCCCCAAGCGGCCGAUGGCCACCUGUCCAUCUCGUACGGUACCGAAUCGGGCGAGCUGUCGCUGGUCGGCGACGACUUCUACAGUCGGGCGUCCAGCGCUGCGUCGUCACCGCAGAGCGUGGGUGAGGAUGCAGAGGAGCUGCUGUGCAUCCCGCAAGGGGUGCAGAUAUUCUUUGUGACUCCAGAGGGGGACGUGAGCGCGCCCUCCUACCCGGGCUACCUGCGGCUGAUCAAGUUCACUAAUGACUGCCCCGGUAGGCCACCAGCAUUUCUCCAGGUGUGCGACUGGCUGUACCCGCUCAUGGCGGCCAACUCGCCGGCCCUGCUGUGCAACACCGGUGUGUUCAUGUUCCCUGACAUGAUGGCGCCGGCGCCGGGACAUUUUGUGGGCGUGGUCCUAUCGUCGGAGCUGCCCGCCGCCGACCGAGAGCUGUUUCGGGAUCUGCUAGCUCAGAUGACGGACCUCAGAGUGCAGGACGCAGACGAGGCCGUCGAGCAUGUGAAUCUCGGCAACCAAGUGUCCAUCUCGACUCCCGCGAACGAGCCGUCGAGCGAGGAGGCAACAGCGGUGGCGGAAGAUGACAAGAAUUUGCCCGAGUGGAGCGAGAAGGUGGCCAACGGCAUUCUGACAGGCGCAUCGUGGCUGAGUUGGGGUCUGGUCAAAGGAGCCGAGUUCACGGGCAAGGCCAUUCACAAGGGGGCGUCCAAACUGCGAGAGCACAUCACGCCGGAGGACAAGCCGGCGCACGUUAGCCCCACCGUCACCAAAGGCCUCCACGUCGCCAAGCAGGCCACGGGAGGCGCCGUCAAAGUCAGCCAGUUCCUAGUGGACGGCGUAUGCGCCGUGGCCAGCUGCGUGGGUCGGGAGCUAGCGCCGCACGUCAAGAAGCACGGGGGCAAGCUCAUUCCCGAGUCCAUGCGCAAAGACAAAGACGGACGCUCCAACAUCGACGGGGCCAUGGUGGUGGCUGCCAGCGGAGUGCAAGGAUUCGCCACCAUGUGGACAGGUUUGGAAGUGGCGGCCAAGAACAUCACGACGAGCGUGGCCUCCGAGACGGUCACCACAGUCAAACACAAGUACGGCGCGGCGGCCGGGCAGGCCACAGAUAACGCCGUCAACUCGGCCAUCAACGUGGGCGUGGCCGCCUUCAACAUUGACAACCUCGGAGUCAAAGCGGUGGCGAAGCGGACGGGCAAGCACACGGCGCAGGCCAUCCUGGAGGACUACAAGCUUCAGGACCGAGCGGGCGCGCUGAAGCAAGUGGAGAAAUCCAGCAAAUAGACCCCCCCCCCGACCACCGUCACCAACUCUCUUGCCUUAUAAUUCUAGAUGCAUUGAAAUAUGUGCUUCGCCAGUAUGCGGUUUAGAUUUACAAGACUACUAAUUGCUUUCAGAACUAAAAGGACUUUGAUGUAGAGAUUUUAUUCUGUGAAAUAAAUAUAUGCGUAAUAUAGAUUGUAUAAUUUUAUAUGAUCCUAAGUAAAGACACAGACUUGACAUUGCUUUUCGUCGCACCACAUUCAUCUUUGCAAAGCAUCACAGAUGAAGUUUUUUUUUUCUUACACUUUCACUGUGUUUUGUUUGUUUUUGAAGUUACACCACUGAUCACUGCCUAAAAUGACUGUGCAUAACGUUUCGAAGCAAUCAAAAAUUCAUUUCAAACCAAAGAUGAAAGCUUAUAUUCAUCCUCUGUCAAUAUUAAUGUUUAAAGUGCAUAGCGGGUUAUUCCAAAUUUAAACAUCAAUAUUUUGUAUAUCGUAAUUUGAAGUGUACAUGUUGAAUAUGUUUGUAUAACUGUCCCAAAUGUGUGACUUAACUGUAACGCUGCAACUACUGUAUUCCUCUAUGCAUACAAUACUGUCCUCAAGAAAUGCAGGAAACCUCUUGAAAUCACAUUGGUCGUUCACUUUGCCUCUCCAGCAUUUUUUUUUUUUUAAUGUAACAAAAAUAACAUUUUCCCUGGCUGUGAGGAUACGUGGAUUGUGCCUUUCCCAGCUAACUCGCACUGUGCAAUGAAAUAAAAGGGUCACUUUAGGCCAA